AUGGCUUCCGCUCCUAAUGCGCAAGUCAACGGAAACGCGACAUUGAGCGAUUGGCCGAAUCGGUACUACCAUGUCGAUCAGAUCCUCGACCGACCAGGUCCCCGAACAGAUCCCUCAUUUAUGGCUGGGGAAGGCGUGAAGGACUUUCUGCGCAACCAAUGCAAGAUCCUCGUCAUUGGCGCCGGCGGCUUGGGGUGCGAAAUCCUGUCGAACCUCGCGCUCUCCGGAUUCAAGGAUAUUCAUGUCAUCGACAUGGAUACGAUUGAUAUCAGUAAUCUUAAUAGACAGUUCUUGUUCAGACCAAAGGAUGUCGGCCAGCCGAAAGCCAUUGUCGCAGCAGAUUUUGUGAUGAAGCGCGUUCCAGGAGUGAAAGUUACUCCGUACUAUGGCAAGAUUCAGGACAAAGACGACGACUAUUACCUGCAAUUCAAUCUGGUGAUCUGCGGGCUCGACUCCGUGGAGGCACGUCGAUGGAUUAACGCGACACUCGUCAACCUAGUGGAUCCAGAGAAUCCGGAGAGCCUGAAGCCACUCAUAGACGGUGGUACGGAAGGAUUCAAGGGACAAGCUCGCGUGAUUCUGCCGACCGUAACUUCGUGUUAUGAAUGCUCUCUCGACAUGCUCAAUAAACCAACUGCGUUUCCCAUCUGCACCAUCGCCAACACACCCCGUCUUCCUGAGCAUUGCAUAGAAUGGGCAUCGGUACUUGAGUGGCCGCGCGUAAAAGGAGACAAGAAGAUGGACACAGAUGAUCCAGACCAUAUUAGUUGGCUGUACUCAGUUGCUCUGGCACGAGCGAAAGAAUUCAAGAUUGAAGGUGUUACCUGGUCCCUUACUCAGGGUGUUGUAAAGAACAUCAUCCCUGCUAUCGCUUCGACGAAUGCCAUCAUUGCAGCGUCCUGCUGUAACGAAGCGUUCAAGAUAGCGACGAGUUCUGCCGCUUAUUUAAACAACUACUUCAUGCUCAUCGGGACCGACAGUGUAUAUUCAUACACAUUUGAGCAUGAGAAGCGAGAGGACUGCCCUGUAUGCGGUGGAGAAUCCCUUGACAUAUCAAUCUCUAGGGACUGGACAGUUGACCAAUUGAUCGAGAUGCUCGUCGAAAAGCAAGAUAUUCAGAUCAAAAAGCCAUCAUUGUCGACUCCAACAAAGCAGAUCUACUUCCAGGCUCCACCUCAGCUCGAAGAGGCGACGCGGCCGAACUUAGAGAAGAAGGUCUCGGAUCUAGUAGCGGAUGGUGGCGAAGUGACCGUGACCGCGGCAUCGCUACCUUUCAGCUUAUCGCUGCGAAUCACGUAUGUGUAA